UACAGAGCGCGAGGUCAAGAAGGCUACUAGAGACCUAAACCAGCUGCUGAAUACUAUCGAGUCUCCGAUGACCCGGCUUGAGACCGUGCAUAAGAAAUACACCGAGCUUCUGGCGGAGAUGAAAAAGCUGGAUCGUGACCACAACAAGAGCAAGAAGCGUGCGGACCAACUGCAGAAGGACCAGGACAAAGGGAAAUCCGAGCUGAAUAAGACGGUUACUAUGAAGGAUAAGCUCGAGAAGCUUUGCAGAGAGUUAACGAAAGAGAAUAAGAAAGUCAAAGAUGAGAACAAGAGGCUUGACGAUACGGAAAGGCGAGCCCGUGGAAUCGUGAACGAACGCCUUGACUCUUUACUUUUCGAUAUCCAAGAUGUGAUGGCAGCUAAAGGAAGUUCCCGAGUGGAGAAUGUCGAUAUCGACCUUGACGAAGCCCUCCGAGCAAAGAUAAAGACCAUCGGGGAACAGUUUGAAUCUCGGGAAUUACAUUACAAGGCUGUCCUUCGUAGCAAAGAUGCCGAGAUCCAGAGCCUCACCGCCAAGUAUGAAGAGCAACGUCGUGGGGCGGAGAACGAAGCAGCCAGAUGCCGCGCCUUAAGCACGCAGGUAUCGACAUUCUCGCAGACGGAAGCGGAACUACGCAGCCAGCUCAAUAUUUAUGUCGAAAAAUUCAAGCAGGUUGAGGAUACGCUCAACAACAGCAAUGAACUAUUUUUAACAUUUCGAAAGGAAAUGGAAGAUAUGUCAAAAAAGACAAAGAGGCUUGAAAAGGAGAACUUAACCUUGACUCGCAAGCAUGACCAGACAAAUAGAAACAUUCUCGAAAUGGCUGAAGAACGAACCCGCAACAACGAAGAGCUCGAGAAAUGGCGCAAGAAGAGUAACAGCCUUGAAGCCUUGUGUCGGCGAAUGCAACAACAAGGCCGCGGCCACGCGGUAGAAGGUGAGCUAGAUGUGGACGACGAAGGCACCGAGAGUGAAUAUGAGGACGAGUACGAAGACGAAGACGAAGAAGAUAUAAGUGAAGAUGGUGAAUAUCAUUCUCACGGAGAGACUGAACACCAUCACCACCCACCAGCCAGCGGAACCCAGCCAGCGAAGCCUGUCUUUGGCCCGCCGCCUCCUCCCACCAUGCUCGAAGCUCGAUCAAAUGGGAACCUCCCCGUCAUGAACGGAUACAUGCAUUAA